AUGAGCUACGAGAGACGAGGUCAUUAUGGUGGUCGAAGACGGUACAGAGAUGAUUGGAAUAACCAGCGGCAUGAACCGGUGGAGACUCCGGACGAUAAACUGAAGUCUGCCAUUAUCAAGUUUGGUGAAGUGGACGCCAACGAAGAGCUGGUGAGGUUAGAAACUCAAAUCCGGGACCAUGUUCCACGGAAUAUCCCCCUUUUGUCGGAAGCCUUUAGGAUUAGCGUCACCGAACAACCUUACAAAAUCCCCCACUAUGCAACGCUUCUCCGUGUUCUCCACAACAAGGGCGACACGCCGACAGAAGACGAAGUCCCUUUGGGCCGUUUGAUUUUAGAGGAUUUCUGGAAAGGAUUCCAAGGUUAUGUGGAUAAACUUGCAUGGAGGGAAGUGCGCCUAUGUAUACAUUUCUUUGCGCAUCUCACAGUUGCGAAACUUAUUUCUGCUGAUUCUAUGUUGGCUUUGUUGCAAUCCUUUACCGCGGUGUUGGACGAAUUUGGUGUUUCAAAUGGAAGGGCGAAGCGGGCGGCUUUGUGUGCGGGAGAGGGUCUUCUCAUUGGAGGACCUGCUUUGAAAGCGCACUCUGCAAUCUCUUCGACAGAAAUCAUCAAUUCCAUUCAGCAGUACAACGACACCCUUUCUUCUGAGAAAUGGCUCGUGUCGCCCACGUUCACCCAGUCAGUGGAGAGUCCCCCUUUAGAAGGCUCUAUCGAGUUUCUCGACAUGCUUUUGACCACCCUGAGGGCGCUCGACGAGACCAACUUCGAAGAGACCAAAAACUGCCUCCCUCGACCAUACGAAAUCUAUCCUCCCUUUGACCCCUCUGUUCUCCGACCCUACGACCUUCCGAUUGUGCUGGUUCCACCCGAAGCCAUCGAACUCGAUGCCAUGUCGCCCGAUACUUCCGAGGGCGAAACCCUCGUCAAGAAAGAUGAAUGGCCCGAGUACUUCAUCCGAUUGUUCCCCAGCGACGUUUCUCCCGACUACACCAAUCCCAUCGGUUAUAUGAUUCGAACGGCCAUUUUGGAUAUUGUGGAUAUCUUUGAAGUCAACAGGAAGGAAUGUGCGCGUUUGCUUUUGGAGUACCCCAAGUGGAACCUUCCGGGAACGUUCAAGCCCAGGCCUGGUUCCACCGUCGCUGUUGAACCAGCUCCCGGGAAGGAUUGGCAGUUGGAGAGUACGAUCAUUGAGACCAUCCUAUCCACGUACCUCCUACUCCCCGAGUCUAACCGCAAAUCCAUCUACUAUAUCAGUUUGAUCACCGAAAUCUGCAAACUAUCCCCGUCGACGGUAGGACCGGCUGUUGGAAAGUCCAUACGCCGCCUGUACCACAACCUCGCGGAGGGACUGGACGUUGAAGCCGCCCGCAAGUUUGCGGAGUGGUUCGCGGUCCACAUGAGCAACUUUGGUUUCCAAUGGGUUUGGAAGGAAUGGAUACCCGACUUGGAGCUCACUGUUCAGCACCCCAAGCGUGCGUUUAUGAGGAGAGCUAUUGAGUUUGAGAUUCGGUUGGCGUAUCAUGAGCGCAUCUUCAAGACUCUCCCUGAACCGAUGCAGGGUCCGGAUGCGUAUGUUAUCCCAGCUGAGGGCCCCAGUCCUGCCUUCGAGUAUGAUGCCUCUCACCCUCACCAUGAUGCGGCCGAAGCUAUCCUCAACCUAUUCCGAGGCAGGGCCAAAGCAGAAGACGUCAUCUCCCAUCUCGACGAACUGCGAACCAAGCUCGAGUCGUCCGAAGAAGGUCACGUCAACGUCGACACGCUCGUACGUUCCAUCGCCGUCCAAUCACUCCUUCAAAUCGGAUCGCGGUCGUUCUCACAUUUGCUGAACGCAAUCGAGCGCUACCUCCCCCUCCUCCGCAACCUCGCGGGUGCGAGCGCCCCUGGAGCGACCACCACAGGCGCGACUGCUACCGCAGGCUCGAAUCCUGAAGCGCGGACUGAGAUCCUCUCCGCUGCUGCUGCGUUCUGGAAACAUAACCGCCAAAUGGUCGGGAUCGUGUUUGACAAGCUUAUGCAGUACCAGAUCGUCGAUCCUACCGAUAUCGUGGCUUGGACGUUCCUCAAUGGUGCCUCAGUAGGCCAGUUGAGUGAGCUUGGAGGACCGAUGAAUCUUAGUGCGUUUGAGUGGGAUUUGUUGCGGGCUGCCAUUGAUAAAGCAAAUGGACGGGUUGUUGCUGCCAGGCGGAGGGUUAUGCAGUUGAGGAAGGAGGCGGAUGAGAGGAGGGCGUUGAGUAAGGCUAAGGCGGAGAAUGGAAAUGAUAUGGACAUGGACGUCGAGAAUAAAGAAGAGGAGAAGGAUGACGAUCCACAGCUCGUCACGGCCCUCAAGGCUUAUUCGAGUCUCACAAAAGAGCAGAGAAUGGUUCUGUCGAGGACUUUGGAAGGGUUUGUGGAGAGUUUGGCUCCCGCACCUACCGCUCGUAAUCCGAACCCUCAUGCCCGCACUGUCAUCGACGAGGCUGCUUGGGAGAACCGAGCCUCAUGGGGCAGGGACGAGUGGAACGCAUGGGAGACCUGGGGUUGGUACAAGCAAUUCUGCCGGGCGUACGCCCCAUACCUCCGGACAUAUGUCAACACACUCUACACGGUUUCACUUGCCAAAUUUGAGGGUGCGAAGGAUCCUGGCGCUGAUAUGUUGAAGAAGAUCUGGAACGUCGCGACUGGACAAGAAGCCUAG